CAAAAGCGAGCUUGUCUUAGUCACCGAGUGACUUCAUGUAGUACCUUUUAUUUCUGUCAUGUUUAUUUAAGUGUAGAAUGAUAUUUACAUUUCAUACAAGAUAUAUAAGUCAGACUCAGUUGCUAAAAUCAGCUCAAUGGUGAUUUGGAACUGAUGGACAAAAUGGGAGAUAUAAUUGAAGAGACACCAAUAGAAACAUACCAGCAUGUUCCCGACAAACUUGAUAUAUAUGGCUGUAUAGAAGACAUAGCAAAAUAUCCAGAGAGAGCAAAAACCAGACUAAAAACAAUAGAAAAUAUUGUACAGGAGCUGGUGAUUCAAGACAGGUUAUCAUAUCUAGAGAAAGAUGCAAACGAAAAUAGAAGAGGAGAGACUGCUCUCCACACGGCAAUCAAGUUUUUCCAGUUUAAAAGCAACGAAGAAAAAGCAGUUGUUGAGUUAUUGAUCUCGAAGCUUCCAAAGCUCAUACUGCAAGACCGUGGGAGCACGGAAUAUGCCGGACAAACGCCGCUGCACAUGGCUGUAUGUAAAGGAAAUAUCUGGUUAGUAAAUACGUUGCUGAAACAACUGUCCAAAAAGGACACAAAACAUUGGAAAUCAACCCUGUUGAAGAGGAAAGCAACUGGGAAGAUGUUCACAAAUACCGUCAUGAUGGGAGAAUUACCUCUAUCCAUUGCAGCACUGACGUUCAACAAGGGAAUGUUUGACUUGUUACUUAAUGAAGGGGCAGAUCUUGAUGGCACGAAUAGAUUAGGUGACAAUGUAUGUCAUUCACUUAUAAGAUACGGAUAUUUGUAUCCAAAUAAGCUAAAUGAUGUCCUAGACAUGUGCCAAAAAAUAAAUGAGGAUCCAGCGCCUUACGAAACCAGUGCACGGUCUAUAAAGAACAGAAAACUGAGGAAGAAGAUAUGGUUGAUGGAGAAUCUAGAAUGUCAAAAUCCCUUGCAACUAGCAGCAGCACUUGGACAACACCAAGUAUUUUCGUUCAUCAUGGACCAAGAGGCAUACUGUUUCGAAAAUUCAAAAGAUGGACUGUUUGAUAUAAAGAUUUAUGACGUCACAGAAAUAGACGCAAUUUCCUCGAUGAAAUCCAGAGAAAUAACCGGAGUAAACGAAAGCAUGCCAAGCGGAUUGACACCCGAAAAUAUUUCCCGAAGGCAGACUACAUUUGAAUUUCAACCAUUCCGAAAGUCUGUGCUCAUGAUGCUAUUUGACUUGGAGCCUUCUGUUGCAUUCCAGUUUAUUUUGUUUCCACCACUAAUGAGAGUUGUAAACCAGAAAUGGAAUGCUUAUCGGAAAUACUUCUACCCUUGGUGGAUAUUCCACUCCGUUUUUAUGUUUUUCCUGACAUGGUACUGCGUGGAGCGCUCCAGACACAAUCAAAACACUUCAGCAGGCUUUGAUGUCAAUAGUGCCCCAGUCUUUACAAAAGACAUUCCAAACGAUGCAUUUGUUACGGCCUACGGUGUAAUAUGUAUUGUUGUUUCAGUGUUAUAUAUUGCCCAAGAUGUAGUACGUAUGAUUAAAGGACGGAUGAGUUGGACUUUGAAAUCAUUCUGGAAUCCGUACAGCAGCGGAUGGUUUCGUGUCCUAUUUAUUUUGGUUGGACUAUGUCUUAUCAUUGACUUCUUCCUGGCUAUUUGGAGUACCUAUUAUGAGAACUAUUUAUUAAUUCUCGCUAUGAUGCUCGGCUGGUUUCUCACAAUAUUUUUCAUUAGAGCUAUUCGACCAUUUAGUUUUUUCUCGGUAAUGAUUCAAAAGGUUCUCAUUGGUGACAUGUCCCGUUUCUUUGUGAUAAUUGGUAUAGAAGUACUCGCUUUCGCCACAGCAAUGCAUAUGGCAAUUCAAGGGUCAAGUGUUGCAGAUGAUACUGACUACAAAAACAUAUGGAGAGUUCUGUUUUCUAUGUUUAAUCUUAUGGUUGGCAUCGGUGACAUGGCUGCAAUUUACGACACCCGUCAUCCAGGCUUAUGCAUCGUAAUAUUGGUGGGUUUUGUUGUCAUGACUACUUUGCUUAUGGUAAAUGCGCUGAUAGCCAUGAUGUCACGAACAUGUAUGGAACUAGUUGAGAACGUGGGUAACGUGAGAACAAGAGACCGUCAUUGGAAACUCCAAAAAUUGUCUGUGAUACUUUUCUUAGAAAGCAUAUUACCAAAUCGGUUCAUCUUCAGAGUCGGAAAAGAGCAGGAGAUUGUCCGCUACAACAAUACUAUACACCGGCGGAAACUAAUGAAACGAUACAUGCUUGAAGUUCGUUCCUUGCAGCAUGAAGAUGGGUCUGAAGAUGAAGAUGGUACAUUUACUACUAGCUGGGGAUUCAGGACUGCUGUUUUUAAUGCCCUCAGAAACCAACAAAACGCUUCCAAGGACAGGCCUCUUUCUGGUAUCAGUGAAAAACUUCGACACAUUUUCAAGAAGAAAGAUAAAACGAAGAAAAAACUUCACGAUGCCAAUGAACAGGAACAGUAUGUAGAGCCUUCAGAACAACUGCCGGUACAAGUCCAGCCGCCUGUGUCACAUGUUUUUGGUCUGAACCCUAUGGCAGCCGAUAAUGGAUUCCCAAAUGGGGGAAUAGCAGUUGGAAACCCAAGGCCUGCUGAAAUCGACAUCUAUCAUAUAUCUCAUUGCAGACAAUGUUCAGUAAAUGAUGUGUCACAUGAUUUUAACCACUGAAAACGUAGACAUUUCAAAUAAACAUGUAAAAAUUGUUUCAUCCAUUCAAUCAAAGAAUUUGGGUCUUUUUUUUUCAUUCCAGUCACUGGGAAAAAAAUAAACCAUUUAAUUUCUUCUUUAUAAUAAAUUUCAGACAUUUUAUAAGCAAAUGUUAUUUCGCGUCUACGCAGGGAUGCAUCCAGAAAUUUUACGUUGAUAUUAAUUUGAUGUGCAAGAAAGGAAAACGGAAUAGUACACGAACGUUUUCGUUUCUAUGAUAUGAAAUCUUACAUAGCUUACCGUGAAGGCUCGUCGCUGCUAAAGGAAACUGAUCGAGAGUACACGACAGCAGCAUUUGUCGUUAUAAGCGUUUGAGGACAAGUCUCAGAAUACAACGUUGCUAUUGGUCAAUAUCAGAUUUAUACACAGAAACAGCUAUUCAAAUUCGUGAAGAUUGAGACUAGUCUAAAAACAGUGGAUCCUUGUUUUAUUCUGGAAUUCGUCUGAAAAUUACAUAUAAAAGCGCUGCAAUUCAGCAUUGUUUAUUCGUACAAAGUUCCAUUGUCGAGAAAUAUUUGCUUUUACAAGUAGAAAAAAAUCUUAUAUCAUUUCUGUAUGCGAGACAUCGUAAUCUCAUUUGUAAUUUUACCCCUGAACUGUUGGGGUGGUUUGUGUUUUUGAAAUACCAGGAUCUUCUGGAAUGUUCUUAAGCAUUUUAAUAAAUGCCUGUAUCUCUUUAUUAACGAUUGUAAAACAAUAAAAAAGUACAUCUAACUUGCAUUAUCCUUUUACAUUUUCGUCAAAUUUUGAAUUCAAAAUGAAAUGAAAUUUUCAUUUUCCAGGCAGGAGAAUUUGAAAAUCCAUGAUCCAUGUAACUAAAUACUCAUAAUAAAAUUCAGAAAAUAUCUGGAAAUUUUUAAUUGCGUUACACUUUUGUUAAUGACAAAAUUAGACGGCUGCUACAUGUAUUCUAAAAAUGGAUAUGUAAAUCCCGGAACAAGAAAUAGGCUAUGUAAUGAGAUAAACUGUUAUAAUAGCGAAUUACG